AAAACACUUUUUGGGACUACAAAUUCACCCCCUCACUCCCUUCACUUGUCCCAUACACCAUUAUCUCCAUCUAAAACUUUGUUUCAUUCCCACUCCUUACAAAAAAACAUAACACUCUUUUAGUUUCACCUUAACACUCUGUUAGCCCUUUCAUCUCAACUUGAAUUUUGAAACAUCCUAGUUAAGUCACAAACAUCAAUCAUGGCUGCAAUCAUGUACCAUCCUAGAUUGCAGUUGCAUCGUGAAUCUCAACUUGUUGAUUCAAGAACACUAACAUUAAGGUUGCCUUCUCCAAAACAAUCCAAUGAUUUAGCCUUCAAAUCUUGUUUCCCUGAUUCAAACAUCAACAAAACAGAAACUUUUCAAGACAAGCCCGACAAUAGUGGUUGGAACUUCGUCGAUGCUCUUUCCAAUAUCUCUCAAAACACAACCACCGCCGCUUAUGUUCAUCCUCAACAGAAACGUUCCUCUUUGGUUUUGAGUCCAAAGAGUCUUGAAUUGUGCACAGAGAAUCUUGGUAAUGAGAGUGGUACGAACAUUGUUGAAAACGACAUGUUGUUGUCUUUAAUGGAAACAAAAGAACAAAGACAACGUUGUCGUCAAGUUUUAGCGGAUACUAAGAAAGUGAAAAUUCAGAAUUUUCCGCCACCUUUGACAACGAUAAGGGGAUCAGAAUCUCUUCGUGUUAGACCUCGCCGCAAAGAUGGAAGAUUAGUGAUUGAAGCCACUAAGGUUCCACGGAGAACAUCUUGUUUCCAAGCUGAGAGAAGCCAUGGUCGUCUUCGCCUGUGUUUUUUUGCAAAUGAAACUACAAGUUUUGACUCCGAAGAAGAACAAGAAGAAGAUAGUGAGAUUGAUAUUGAUGAUGAUAUCAUUGAUGAAAAUGAACAUUCACGCAAUGAAGAAGAAUUUUCUAAAAAUGAAAUGAUUGGAGAAAAAACACAAGAUGCUGAAAAAGAAGGAUAAGAGGAGGAAGAAGUAGAAGGUGUUGUUGUUGAAGGAAAAGUGUGACCCUGUGGGUG